GUGCUUUUUGAAUGGUGAAGAGAGGAACAUGGUAUCCCUCAGUGAAACGGCCGUGAGUGAGAACAAAGGGAGGGAGAGAGUUGUGAUUUGUAUUGCGAGGCGCUGGGAGACUCUGGAAAAGAGUUUCAACGGAUGAUGACUAUAUCAGUCACUUCCCAUCGCAUUACGUUCGCAGUAGCUAGCUUGUCAAAGGACGACAGACACAAUUACAUGCAAAAAAUAAAAGAAAAAAUAAUAAGAAUCUAUUUGUCCUAUUACCUCCGCUUUUUGUCAUGACUUUGAACCUCAUCUCAUACAACUCGCUGCAACAUGCAAGUCGGGCUGCAUGCAUGGCCGGAACGUCCCCUUCUCCCUUCUGCAUCGAGGCGCAUCGGCUGCAAAAUGGGGCCUUGAGCUGAGGUUGGCGAUGGAGACGACGACAACGCCCGAACCGAAACGUCGCAGAACGAUGACAUGUGAAAUCCCGAGUCAAGAGCCUCCAUGGCCGGCAAUAAGUGGCGGCAGGUACUUUUGGGCCGUCUCCGGCGUACCUUGCGGCUCGGCGAACCCCGGACCGAGAGGGGUGAUGCUUGGACAAGUUGGAGACUCUGCCUGCGGGAUCAAACGACGCGGGGAGGAGAGAGAGAGAGAGAGAGAGAGAGAGAGAGAGAGAGAGAGAGAGAGAGAGAGAGAGAGAGAGUUGGAAAGUCUAGAACGUCCGCAUCGACGGCGGCGGGGCAUCCUCGAGGUAAAUCGUACGAGCCCGCGACGAGAUCUUGGAGGUGAGACAGAUUGGUUUGGGUCCAGGGAAAGAUCUGACUUCGGCGAGAUUGAAGCUUAGCUUGACGGGCUCGAUUAUGCUACCUAGAGGAAUGGUGAUAC